GAUCCUACAAUCAUACAGCUCCUCAGCCGGCCACCCCCUUUUGCAGGGAAGGGAACCAUCAGCAAAAGCCACGUUGCCCCCCAGCAGGUCCAUUUGGGUGGAUUUAUGAGAAAUUCCAGAGGAAGAGGCCUCUGGUUGUCAACAUUAUGGACUCUCUUAAAUUGUGGAUGGUCAGAAUGGGUAUGAAGAGGGGAAUCCUUGCUACAGCACGUUCUGCAGCCAUACUUGAUGACGGAUUACUAAACUAAGCUUCUGGACUACAACGUUUCGGUUCAAGGUCUUCAAGAAUUUCAACAAGGAUCAGAAAACACAUCAAAUCUUACAAUAACAGGCAAUCAUAUUGAAGAAUAACCCCUGUGAAUAUAUCCUUGUGACUCAUUAGACACCAAAAACAAAAUGGCUUUGAUGCUUAUGAAAUUUGACUUGGCCAAACGGGUCAAGCUUGCCCAAGGACUGUGGCUCCUGUACUGGCUCUCUGUCAUGGUUGGAAUCAUCAUCUUCAGCAUGGGGAUCUUCUUCAAGAUCGAGCUGCGCAAGAGAAGCGAGAUUAUGGAUAACGAUGAGAGUCAUUUCGUCCCCAACCUGCUCAUUCUGGUGGGACUUGUGGCCUGUGGUGUCAAUGCUUUUGGGGGCAAAGUGUGCCAUGACUCCCUUGACACAGUCAAGUUCACCAAGUGGAAACCUCUAUUGAAGAUCUACAUGUGUGGAUGUGUGGUUUUCUGCAUCGCCCUCUUUGUCACGGCUCUGCUGUGUUUCUUGAUGCAGAUCUCUCUGCACUUCGCCCUGGCUGAAGGCCUGAAGAAUGGAAUGAAGUACUACAAAGACACAGACACGCCAGGACGAUGCUUCAUGAAGAGAACGCUGGAUAUGACCCAAAUUGAGUUCCGUUGCUGCGGCAACAACAACUACAAGGAUUGGUUCGAGAUCCAGUGGAUUAGCAAUCGCUACCUGGACUUCAGCAAUGAGGAUGUUAAAGACCGUGUCCAGAGCAACGUGGAAGGCAAAUACUUGAUGGAAAGCGUUCCCUUCAGCUGCUGCAACCCUGGCUCCCCUCGGCCCUGCAUCCAGCAUCACCUGUCCAACAACUCCGCUCACUACAGCUAUGACCACCACACUGAGGACCUAAACAUCUGGACCAGAGGUUGCCGUGAAGCCCUGGUGUCCUACUAUGGAGGCAUGAUGAACAGUAUUGGUGCUUUUGUGCUGCUGUUCAUUGUUUUGGAGGCUGUGGUGACCGUCGGUUUGCAGUACCUCACUACUUCACUGGAAACCCUGGCAGACCCAGAGAAUCCUGAGAGCGAAAGCGAGGGAUGGCUGCUGGAAAAGAGUGUAAAGGAGACACUUUCCGGCAUCAUGACGAAGAUCAAGUCCCUGUGUAAAGGCAACCAGGUACAGGAGGAAGAUGCAGAAGCAGCUCCCACAUAAAGCUGAGAGCCACGGCCCCUCCUGCCCCGUCAUGUCCGUAGCCACUCGCACUUUUGGGAGAAGGAACGCAUGAAAGCUUGCUUUAAAUGUUCUCUCUUAAAAAUAUAGGUGUAUAUGCAUACAGAAAAAAGAUCAAUACACCGACAAUUUAAUGAGAUUCCAACUGAAAUGUGAAUGUACACACUACAAUGUAAAUAAAAAUGAGAUAUAAAUGAAUUUUCUAAUAUUUUAAAAAUUAAAUAUAUCCGUACAUCUCCUGAUAUUACCAUCUAACCAUUUCUGAUUUUCCAACCAAACAAGCCUCACUCUCCAUGUUCAUUUGUAGUAGCAUCAAGUUUGACCCUUAUGUUUCCAGUUUAUUUAUUGGUUGAGCGGAUGUUUAACCCAACAGCCUCACACAUGCAAUAGCAUAUAUUUCACCCUAUAAUAUAUGUUUCAUCCUAAAGCCAUUGCGUGCUAUGAAAUCAGAAAUGACCUGUCUUGAAGGGGUCACAUGGCAGCUUUUAUCCGGCAGCUGAGGAAAAAGCGUUCCGUCACCUCCCAGAACUUAAAGGGAUGGAAACAGUGGCACACCUUGCUUUCUACACAACGCUGCCUUUAACAGGCCUUAGGUUGUCUGACAAUCUUCAAAAGCAUUUUGAUGGUGAUCUACUGGAGAGAACUCUGUAACAAUGGGGAAACUCACGUCCGCCAUUAAUGUGUGUAGUUCUCGGGUUAAAUAUCUGACUCACUAGUUGAAGAGAUGUGAAAACAGUCUUUCUGCCUCAACUUGCACCAUUUGA